GAGUAAAGGCAAGAAGAGCAUCUUCGCGCGUCUGGAUGUUGUUCCCAAGUAACUUUGUAGUACUCUAUCUGUUGCUCGGUAUUUCCUCGUCGUUCAUCGAUCGAUCACUGCGCGUUGCGUGAUUUAAGUUUUAUUUGGAUUUUUUCUGCAGUUGAAGUGAAGGGGAUCAUCUGGCGGCUGACAUGUUUUCUUUUGCUGUUUCUACGGUUGGCUCUUCCGUUGGCGUGGGGAGGAAUUUGGUGGCCAAUGCAGGCGGUCCUCAAGCAACAAAUCUGGAUCAAGGACAAAAUAAUAUUCUUAGUGACGAUCAUUCACAUGUGAAUUCUAAAAAUUUCUUGGACAAAAUUAGGGAGAGGUUACUAAAGGUAGAACUCUCAGUGUCUGCUUAUGAUACUGCUUGGGUUGCAAUGGUUCCAUCUUCAAGAUUUCCUGGAACUCCUUACUUUCCUGAAUGUGUUGAUUGGAUAAUAGAUAACCAGCUUCUUGAUGGCUCAUGGAUCUCCAACCAUCACAAGCCUUAUGCAACCAAAGAGGCACUUUCAUCCACUUUGGCUUGUGUGCUGGCACUUAGGCGAUGGAAUGUUGGUGAGGAGUAUGUCAGAAAAGGACUCUCCUUCAUUGGAUCAAAUUUCUCCUCCAGUAUAAAUGAGCAAUUACAAACUCCUGUUGGCUUUAGUAUUAUAUUUCCUGGCAUGAUUAGUUAUGCAAUAGAAAUGGGUUUGGAUCUUCCAUUGAGAGAAUGUGACAUAGAUGCAAUGUUUUCCAUGAGAGAAGUAGAACUUAGAAGAGAGGUUGAGAAAAAUUCACCUGGAAGCAAAGCUUACCUUGCAUUUGUUGCUGAAGGACUAUGUGGAUUACAAGAUUGGCAAGAGGUUUUGAGUUAUCAACGAAAAAAUGGUUCACUCUUUAAUUCCCCUUCAACAACUGCUGCUGCACUUUGCCAUAUUCGAGAUGAUAAAUCCUUUAAUUACUUGUGUUCUAUUUUGCAGAAGUUUGGUUGCUCAGUUCCAACAACCUACCCACUGGACAUACAUACACAACUUUCCAUGAUUGAUAAACUUGAGAAGCUUGGAGUUUCUCUGCAUUUUAUUCAUGAUACAAGGGGAAUUCUGGACAGAGCAUAUAGAUGUUGGCUAGAAAAAGAUGAGGAAAUUUAUUCAAACGUUGCUACUUGUGCCAUGACAUUUCGUCUUUUACGUAUGCAUGGAUAUGAUGUCUCUUCUAAUGCUUUAUCUCCAUUUGUUGAUGUGAGGCAUUUCAAGAACACAGUCCAAGGUUAUAUUGGGGAUUUAAAUGCUGCUAUUGAGCUAUACAAGGCGUCACAGGUUCAGAUCUCACGAGAUGAACCAAUUCUAAAGAAAUUAAAUUCCUGGGUGACUUAUUUUCUCAAGGAGGAAUUGAAUACUAAUUCCAUCAACUCACUUGAUAUUUCACAAGAGGUUGAUUAUACUCUCAGGUUUCCCUUUUAUGCAAGUUUGGAAAGGCUUGAGCACAAAAGGAAUAUUGAAUGCAGCAAUUUAGAUAAUUUGCAGAUGCUCAAGACAUCCUUUGUUGCCAGUAUGAAUAAUAAUGAUCUUAAGGAGCUUGCUGUGGAUGCUUUCAGUAGCUCCCAGUUGAUAUGUAGGAAAGAGCUUCAGUAUCUCGAGAGUUGGGUUAAAGAGAGCAAGCUGGAUCAACUUGGAUUUUCUCGGCAGAAACAUAUGUACUGUUAUCUCUCUGCUGCUUCUACACUUUUCUCCUCGGAACUGUCAAGUGUUCGCUUAUGUUGGGCCAAAGGAGGUGUGCUAACCACUGUGGUAGAUGAUUUUUUUGACGGUGGAGGUUCUUCUGAAGAACUAGCAAAUCUUAUGAAGCUGGUUGAGAAGUGGCAUGAAAUUCAUGAAAAAGACUUCUGCUCUGAAAAUGUAAAGAUCAUUUUUUUUGCACUCUACAACACUAUAAAUGAGCUUGGAGCAAAAGCUUUUGUCAUCCAAAAGCGUGAUGUCACGAACCAUAUGAUUGAUAUUUGGCUAACUAUGAUGAACUCCAUGAUGAAAGAGGCUGACUGGCUAAAGAACAAUAUAGUGCCUUCUUUGGAUGAAUACAUGACGCAUGCAAUUCCGUCGUUUGCUUUAGGACCCAUUAUUCUACCUUCCCUCUAUUUUGUUGGGCCAGAGCUUUCAGAGAACAUCAUCACGCAUUCAGAUUACUACAAAUUAUAUGAACUUGUCAGCAAAGUGGGUCGUCUUUCUAAUGACAUUCAAGGUUUUGAGAGAGACAAAGCACAAGGGAAACUAAACAGCUUGUCACUCCUUGUUCUUCAUGGAAAUGGCUCUGUUUCUGAAGAAGAUGUCAGAAGAGAUGCUUGGCGUAUGAUAGACUCCACCAGGGCUGAACUGCUGGGGCUGGUCCUCCAAAAUGAGGGAAGCUUGCUUCCUAGAGCAUGCAAAGAAUUAUUUUGGAAGAUGAGCAAAAUACUGCAUUUUUUUUAUCGUAAAAAUGAUGGAUUCACAUCGCCUGAUGAAAUGAUGGGUGCUGUAAAUGCUGUCAUUUAUGAGCCUUUGAAGGUGAAGGUGAGCAAUCAUUUCCAGUCUAGAGGUUAAGAAAUCAUAUUAUUGCUUUAAUUACAUUAUUGAAUAAGGGUGGAAGUUAACUAAUGUAUUUCAAUUUUUUUUUUGUUGAACAAAUAAUUUAUUAGAAGCUUAAUACUUAUA